AUGAUGUCCUGCAAGUCCCUCCUCGUGGCCCUCGUGGUCUUGGCAGCCCUGUGCAGUCUCGCCGCCGCCCAGUUCGGCUACGGAGGCUACGGCCGCGGCUACGGAGGUUAUGGCCGUGGAUUCGGCGGAGGCUACGGCCGCGGAUUCGGCGGUGGCUACGGAGGCUAUGGCCGUGGAUACGGAGGCUACGGCCGCGGCGGUUUCUACGUACAAAACGGUGUCUUGCUGCACACCCUGGGCUUUCGCAAGUUGGUAUCAAUAAUGAAAGAACCUAUACACAUGAUUGCAUCAUCAUCACAAGUUCGAAUCAACAUGAUGUCCUGCAAGUCCCUCCUCGUGGCCCUCGUGGUCUUGGCAGCACUGUGCAGCCUCGCGGCCGCCCAGUUCGGCUAUGGAGGCUACGGCCGCGGCUACGGAGGUUACGGCCGUGGAUUCGGCGGAGGAUAUGGUCGCGGAUUCGGCGGUGGCUACGGAGGCUAUGGCCGUGGAUACGGAGGCUACGGACGCGGCGGUUUCUACGGUUGA